ACCUCUGGAAUAAAAUUAGAAGACCUAAAAUAGAUGUCUCAUUUAAGCUCUUAUCAAGAAAAUGACUUUGAAGAAAUUGGUGAGUCAAGAAGACCACUAGAAAACUCCCUAAGAGAGAGACAUAGAAAAUGUAUUCUUCUGAAGAAAGAUAUAAUCAGAGAACUCAAAAAAGAAAACUAUGUCAUGUUCACCCUCAGAAGGGUAAAAAGAUGUUUAUUCGUGUACAUGAGAUUACUCAAAUAGAUGAUCAGAUAUACCAGUGCCUUGAACGUAAGCAAAACUUCUGUGAAAACUUAGCUUUUAUGUGUGAGCGAACCCACACUGGGGAGAAACCUUAUAAAUGUGAUAUGUGUGAAAAAGCAUUUAUCCAAAGCUCAGAUCUUGUGUCACAUCAGAGGAUCCACAACUAUGAGAAACCAUAUAAAUGUAGCAAAUGUGAGAAGAGCUUUUGGCACCACUUAGCCCUUUCAGGACACCAGAGAACACAUGCCGGUAAAAAAUACUACACAUGUGAUAUUUGUGGCAAGAAUUUUGGUCAGAGCUCUGAUCUCCUUGUCCACCAGCGAAGUCAUACAGGUGAAAAACCGUAUUUAUGUAGCGAAUGUGAUAAAUGUUUCAGUCGAAGUACAAACCUCAUAAGGCACCGAAGAACUCACACGGGAGAGAAACCAUUUAAGUGUCUGGAGUGCGAAAAAGCUUUUAGUGGGAAAUCAGAUCUCAUUAGCCACCAGAGAACUCAUACUGGUGAAAGGCCCUACAAAUGUAAUAAGUGUGAGAAAAGCUACCGACACCGUUCAGCCUUUAUUGUUCAUAAGAGAGUUCAUACUGGGGAGAAGCCCUAUAAAUGCGGUGCCUGUGAGAAAUGCUUUGGCCAGAAAUCAGACCUCAUUGUCCACCAGAGAGUCCACACAGGUGAAAAACCGUAUAAAUGUUUGGAAUGUAUGAGAAGUUUCACACGAAGUGCCAACCUAAUCAGGCACCAGGCAACUCACACACACACUUUUAAAUGCCUUGAAUAUGAGAAAAGUUUCAACUGUAGCUCAGACCUCAUUGUGCACCAGAGAAUUCACAUGGAAGAGAAGCCCCAUCAGUGGACUACAUGUGAAAAUGGCUUCCUCCUUGGCAUGGACUUUGUGGCCCAACAGAAAAUGAGAACUCAAACAGAGGAGUUGCAUUACAAAUACAAUGUGUGUGAUAAAAGCUUCCACCAGAGUUCAGCCCUUAUUCAACAUCAAACAAUCCACCUCAGUGAAAAACCUUAUAUCUAUAAUGUGGGUGAAAAAGGUCUUGAGCUCAGUCCUCCCCAUGCAUCAGAAAUUUCACAUAUGUCUUGACCAGACAAAAAUGUUACCAAAUGGUAACAUUUAAGACUCACUCCGAUUAAAAAAAAAAAAAACUAUAGGUAAAUCACAGACUUUCUCCUCAGACCUCAGAUUUCAGUGGGGACCAGUGAAUCUGCAGUUAGAAGAAAUGAGAUAGUUCGCAGAAAGCUGCCCUUAUUAGUCACUCAGAUGAGAAACCUUACAAAUGCCCUAAGUUUUGAGAAACCUUUAGUCAAGCUCGUGUGUAAUCUUCCACAAGAGAAUUCAGAGGUUAGGAAGCUGACAAAGGCA